UCUUGCUCACAUCACAAAAAAAAACAAAUAUCACAUAUCGCGAAUGCAAACAGCUGAUAAUACCGACAUAUAAAAUUUCAUCUCAUAGUGAAAGGCGCAUGUGAGAUGUCACGUGUGUUUACGAAAGCAUUAAGCAACAGUCUCUCGUGGUAUUGCAUAGGUAUCACUUUCAAUCUUUCACUGUGAAAGUAUUAUUGUUUUCAUCAGAAAUAGACAGUCGUCUUUAACUUACUAAGACUUACUUAUACUAUCAUAUUUGAUUGUCAGAUACAGAUAUUAAUGAACAACAUGGCACCCAAGAAUGCUAACUAUAUUGUUUGGAUUGAUAUGGAGAUGACUGGACUUGAAGUAGACAAGGAUCAUAUAUUAGAAAUUGCUUGUAUUAUAACAGAUAAUAAAUUAAAUAUCAUUAGCGAGGAACUGAAUAUUGUAAUACAUCAGUCAGAUGAGAUAUUAGAAAAUAUGAAUGAAUGGUGUAAAGAAAACCACAAAAGGACGGGUUUAAUUGAGAGCUCUCGCUCGAGUACAGUUUCAUUGGAAGAGGCUGAAAAAACAGUACUUGACUUUUUAAAAAAGUACAUUCAGGAACGUACAUGUCCAUUAGCUGGAAAUUCGAUCUACAUGGAUCGUUUCUUUCUGUACAAACACAUGCCAUUAAUUAACAAUUUCUUGCACUACAAGAUUAUCGAUGUUAGUACAGUUAAGGAACUUACUAGAAGGUGGAAUCCGAAUGUACAUAAUUCAGCGCCAAAAAAGAAACUAAACCAUAGAGCUCUGGAUGAUAUAAAGGAGAGCAUUACCGAGCUAAGACAUUAUAAAAAUCACUUGUUUAAGUUAUAAUUUUAAGUAUAUUUAGUAUUUUAUUUUUUAUAUUUAUAUAAGAUAAUUUGUCACGUGAUGAUUUUAACUAAUACUUUUAUAUUUUAAAAACUUCGAUCAUGUAUUUGUCAAUGUAAAAGAGUAAAAGAGUAAUGCUAGCCUAAUGCUGUUUAAUUUAGAAGAUUUGUAAAUUGCGGAUGAAUGUGGAUUAAGAUGUAAAAAAUAAAAAAAAACGUAAUAAAAUGUA